AUUUUACCUGCUAAUGGGCCAUUGCUUAUAAUCACGAUCUCGCGAGAACAACAAAGGUUCCGCCAUUUUCCCGGCUUCGCUUCUUCAACGUUUUGUAUUGUUUAUCAUUAUCCAACACACAUUACCAACCAUGGCGUACAAAGGCGGACCUAAAGUACAGAAAGUGAUGGUGCAACCCAUUAACUUGAUUUUCAGAUAUUUGCAAAAUAGAUCUCGGAUUCAAGUUUGGCUAUAUGAACAGACCAACCUUAGAAUAGAGGGAUGUAUUGUGGGAUUUGAUGAAUACAUGAAUCUAGUGUUGGAUGAAGCUGAAGAAGUUCACAUGAAAACAAAGACAAGGAAAACACUGGGACGAAUCCUUCUAAAGGGAGACAAUAUCACAUUGAUACAACAAGUGCAGUGAUACAACAACAAUCAUGACUCGUACAAACAUUUAUUGAAAACAGAACACAAGGAUGACUGGGGAGUGAAUCCGUGAAUGGAAGCAUUGAGAGGGAUAUAGGAUUUGAUAUAGUUGAGAAAGAUCUUUUCCUUCGGAGAAGUCUGGAGAUUCCAUACCCAGUGGGGUGUAUGAAGUUAUGGCAAGGCCUGUCACAACUACUCAUCAUUACAUAGCAGCAGCUCUCAUCAUCAUCUUCAAAUCACAUUAUGAUUUUUAUAUUUUUGAGAAAUCAUGUGAACCAACCUUAAAUCUGUGUUGAAUUCAUUUUCAUGUUCAAGUGUCGUUAUGGAACGGACCAGAAUUGUUAAUAGCAGUGACUGAGUUUGUGUUCGAACUUAUAUUAUGGUUAUUUUACUUACAGAGGUAGAUAUAUAUCAGAAUCUUGGGAAGCUUCACCUGGGAAUAAACCAGAAAAUAAACCAAGAAUUUCUGUUUAAUACUGGAUCAGUUGUGCUGCCUUCAAUACUUCACCAUGUAUGGCGGAACCUAUAAAUUGUCAAGAUUAGUAAACAAAGAAAUUCUGAAGGGGAAUCUCUGUCGUUUUGGAUUGUUUUAUUACUGGUAUUAACAAAAUGACAGUUUUGACAAUAUUUUAAUGUCUUUUCUGUUUUUAUUUUGUACACAUUUUUUUUGUGUGUGAAGAUGUCGAAAUGUUUUCUAUUGUUAUGUGAAGUAAGUAAAAGAAGAGAGAAAAGA